GCAGAGAAGCAAGCUGAGCAACAGGAGAGCAAGAUGCCAGACAUCCGCUGUCAGCAGGUACCCGCGGAGAGCAGAAAGGAGGCCGGAAGCGUCCCCACGGGGCCGGAACCCAUGCAAGUCCCGGCAGCUCCAGCGGACAUCGCGUGCGGAUGCCCCUGCGCGGAACAGCCUCAUCCCCCCAGCUCCGUACCCAGAGUGUCCUGUACUGAGGCCCCACAGCCUAUCCCAGCGGGUGCCACCACCACAAACACCAUCAUUGCCUUGGGGCCCACUGGGCGUCUCAGUAUCUCCGUGGAGGGUGACCUGGAAUGCUUGGUGUGCCGAGAGCCCUACAACUGUGCCCGCUCCCCCAAGCUGCUUAGCUGUCAGCACACCUUCUGUGCCGUAUGCUUGAAGCUUCUGCUGUAUGUGCAGGAAGACACCUGGUCCAUCCCCUGUCCACUGUGCCGAAAGGUCACUGCCGUCCCGGGAGGCCUCAUCUGCAGCCUGCGAGACCAGGAGGCGAUGGUGGGGCGUCUGGCCCUGCCAUGCCCAGAGGUGCGCCUGUGUCCCCAGAGACUAGUGGGCCCUGCUGCUUCAGCAGCAGCUCAUCCAGCCAACCGGACAGGAGAAGACGAACAAGACGUAGUGAGUGUCAACCGUGUAGCUGCCCGGCGUCUGGCUGUACACUUGCUCUUGUUGGCUCUUCUCAUUGUACUUAUCCUGCCUUUCAUCUACCCCGGCGUCAUCCGGUGGGUGCUGGCCUUUGUCAUUGCCCUAGCGCUCCUGAUGUCCACCCUAUUCUGCUGUCACCCCCAGAGCCAGAGCAGCAACUGGCCUUGCCCUAGGACUCUGUUCUGCAGAGAGCAAAAGCAAACCCAGAUCACUUCUAUUGCCUGAGACAUCUAUAUCCUCACAGGCCCAGCGCUGCCAUGGUUCCCUCCUCCCCCAGACCUCACAGUCUGCACGGGUAAGGGGCUGGCUCAGACUGAACUUGCCUGUCAAAGACAGACUGGCUGUGUUGGAUCAAGGACUCCGUGCUGCACCAAUGGGGGUCACACCUGUCUGUCUUUGUGUAGCAUAGGAAGGAAAAAGGGGGAAGGGGAGGAGACCUACCCCUGAGCGAGUGACUCAAGGGUGGUGGGGUCCCUAUCCCUUUUCCAGAGCUCCUGGGUUUUGUAUAUAGCUGUGGACAUUUUGGGACAUUGACCUUACUACAAAGCAAAUAGAACCAGACCUCUUUUGU